AUGACGACUCCGAAGUCUGUCUCGUUGGCUCUUUUACUCAUCUUGACCUUCGGCUUGCUUUGUUGCUGGAAAACGACUUUGCCACACCUUGAAAUCGGUAAAGCCUGGUCUUGUGAUUUGCAGCUCCCGCAACGUCAGCCCUACGAGAGAGACUUCACGGCGGGCAAUUCUACUCUGGGGUUCGAGGCGAUCCUCGUACUAUCGCAAGGCACUGAAUGGCGGAUCCAAGGCAUGCGGGCGGCCGCUCGUGUCAGCGGCAUCGAAUUUCAAGUCCCUGCUCAGCCGAAUUGGCCUGAGCAGUUCAUUCGAGCCUUCAAAAAGUUUUGCUCUGUCGAAGCUCACGGGGCAGCUGUGGGGUGGCUAGGGCACAUGGAACUUCUGAAGCUCGUAGUCCAGAGUGUCUGCAGCUCGGCUCUCAUUCUCGAAGAUGACAUGGACUGGGACACAGAGAUCCGUAAUCAGACGCGUCUUAUCGCGGCUGCGGUCCGUGCUCUCACGAACGAGGAAGACAACGCUCAGGCUCCCUAUGGAUCGGGAUGGGAUGUGCUCUGA